GUGUGUUACAAAACGAAAGAUGCUACACACUGUCUAUAUUACGAAGAAAUAUGAAGAGAGAUUCUAUAUACAUCAAUGAAACAUGCAAAUAAAUAAUUGUAUACGCAGACAUUAAUACAAAUAUAAUUUCGUCUCUCUCUCUCUCUUUUCCUAGCUCUAUCGGUAGAAGUUUCACCACAAUUUCAACAUGGACACCAUGUUACCCAACGGCCCCCUUCAAGUUGUCUUCUCCUUCGACACCACGGGGUCCAUGUCUGGCGCCAUCGCCGAAGUGCGAGGCCGCAUCUCUGACAUGUUGCAACGACUUCAGUCAGACAUCCCCGGCGUCACAACAGCCGUUGUCGCUCACGGCGACUACUGUGACGCCGACAGUUUGUACCUGACCAAGCACAUCGACUUCAGCAACAACCUGCCCGAGUUGGUCGACUUCGUCAACAAUGUGAGUACCACUGGCGGUGGAGACACUCCCGAGGCGUAUGAGGUGAUGUUGAGACUAGUCAGACGAACUCUGGGGUGGCAGACGGGAUCUCAGCGUGUCCUGGUUGUCAUCGGCGACGCCUACCCCCAUCCGCCAAACGAUAAGCAAAACAAGGAGCACAUUGACUGGGAAGAGGAAACCACCCUCCUUGCUGGAAUGGGUGUUCGCAUUUACGGAGUUCAGGUUAAUUCAGACAAAACGUCUACAAAUUUUUUCCGCACUAUGGCGAACAUAACUGGUGGUCAGCAUCUCAAAUUGUCUGAGUUCUCGACUUUGUGCGAUGCCAUCAUGGCUAUCUGCUACCGUGAGAAGGGUGCAGAGUUCCUGCAGAACUGGGAAGCGGAAGUACGUGCCCGUGACGGCCGGAAGUCACUGCACAGUGACCUGGAUGGGGUUUUCGGAACCCUCCGCAGGGCAGAUUCUAAUGCCUCCGCGACUGACAUAGCAAAAGUCAUCUUCACGAAGGCCACACCUGUCAAGGCUACCACAGGUGUCAAAAAAGCCAACAGUAGAGCGAGAAAAAUGUCUCACAAAGUCGGAAAGACCGCGAGCAAGCCUUCCAAAAAGCCAAGAGCGAAAUCCUUUGCCAGUAAGUCGAAUUCCAGUCCUACAUUCCGCAAGAUGAUUCGCGAAAAAGUUCCCAAUACCAACUUCCGAUUCAACAGCCUCAAGUGGUCGUCAUGGAAACUGGCCGUUGUACCCAAGGGGUUAGAGGUGGCGUCAGGACAGUGGCGAGACUGUCUGGGUGGGAUGGCACGUGCGCGAGCAGACUCACUGGUGGACGGACACAAGAAAGGACAGGCGGCUGUCAUGCUUGAGAUGGCGGUGCAAACACGAGCCGGCGCUCGACGUCACGUGAUGUGGGGUCGCGUGCGGCCCUUGUCAACUAGUGGACUGUCCGUGACCCGCCUGUUGGCCAGCCGGGAAGUCCGUCUUCAGGUUGAGAAGGUCGUACGCGACGGCUGCCGGGUGUGGGUGAGGGUGGCCGUACUCAGCAGACGACAGCCUGUCGCUGAAGUCAGACGACAACUGGUGACAGUGUAUGAUUACGCCUGGGGCUCACUCAAAACUGGGUGCGUGAGGGAUGUGUGGGCGCCCAACGGCAAACCAUCUCACAAGAUUCUGAUAGCAGCAAGCGCCGCCUCUUAGUGAAGAAAGUGUCUUACAAUUAUUACCGGAGGAGACAAAAUGUCUUCAAUGCAAGAUGACAAUUAUCUAAUCCAACAUCUUGCCCUAUAGAGGCUUGAAGGAUAACUAUCGUCACCACAGUAAUAUAACGCUUUUGUUGCUGUAUGAAUAAGUUAAGAUUGUGAUAAGAUGUUCUUUCUUCUUGGAUAAGACAGACAUCUCCUGAUACAACUCGUUAAUCAGAUCACCUGGACAAUUCUGAUCGGUGUAUCUGUACACUGUCAAGAUAACAUUGCGAAAGUAUCGAGCACUCGGACGUGGAUAUGUGUGUGUGUGUGUGUGAGACAGAGAGAGAGAGCUGUAAAUAUGCAUUAUUAAAUUGUAAAUACACUUUGAUGGGUACAGUCAUUAAAAAAUGCUCAUUUCUUUCGAAAUAUCUUGUGUUUUUUAAAGGUUGAGUUUCACAGCUUUAAAAUUCGUUGUUCAUCUUGCUCCCUUUUUUAAGUUCUCAUGCAUUUGAUGUCGUUUGCUUAAAUACUUUUAGUGAUGCAAACUAUACACAGCAAACAAUUAAACUAUUUAUU